AAUUGCAUGAACCAAACGACUGGUAACCAAACACCACCUCCUAGCUUCACGAAUCACGGAGAUGUCUAUUGUUCACUUUACACUUGCACCCCUAACCACACACACACGUUGCUCCGACUCCCUCUUCUUCUUCUCCGAUCACAUUCCGGCAGUCUCAGUUCCACCGAAAAGCUGCUACAACUGUUAGAUACACACUUGGGCACUGUUCCUGUACGGCAGGAUUGUCAAGGAAAAUUCUUGAAAAUUGCCAAUGCGCAUUUGAUUUCCCGUCAUGAUGAUGGAGAGAGAUCCCUCCAACGAAGAAGAGGAUCAAGAGAACCUGAUCGCGCAGAGACAACACGGAAACAGCCUUUCCGAAUUCCCGGAGCGUACGGCAUUUCAAAUUGACGACGAAAUUGCGAAUACUCGCCCCUCCGAUCCCAGCUGCAGUAAGUGCUGCUGUUUCUCAACAAUUAUUUUUGCUGUCUUCUUAAUCAUCCUUCGCUUCAGCACCAGCGUUAAUAACGUCUCUAAAACCGGCGUAAUGAAUAAUGACUCCGUCAAUCUUAUGCUAGAGUCCGAAUUGCGGGCUCUGUCUCUGCUUAGACAGCAACAAUUAGGGCUCUUCAAGCUGUGGAACAACACACUGAUUGAUAAUUCCUUGAAUGCUACUGCCGCUAACAAUAGUAAUUUUGUUUCAACGUCCUUAUUUUCUUCUGUGCUUUCUGAAGAAUUGAAAUUGGAUUUGAUCAGUCAGAUUUCACUGAAUAAGCAAAUUCAGCAAGCACUCUUGUCGUCUCAUCAAUUAAAUAACUUGUUAAAUGCAUCCGAUAAUGCUACCGAUCCUAGUCUGGACGAUUAUAGUGGUUUGCAUAGGUGUAGGAAGAUGGAUUAUAAAUUAUCUGACAGGAGAACAAUUGAGUGGAAACCGAGGUCGGAUAAGUAUCUGUUUGCAAUAUGUGCAUCAGGACAGAUGUCAAACCAUUUAAUUUGUUUGGAAAAGCAUAUGUUUUUUGCUGCUCUGCUUAACCGGAUUAUGAUCAUUCCUAGCUCACGAGUAGAUUAUGAAUUUCGUCGAGUGUUAGAUAUUGAUCAUAUCAACAAAUGCUUGGGGAGGAAAGUGGUUGUAACUUUUGAGGAAUUUGCAAAAAGUCAAAAGGGUCAUAUGCACAUAGAUAAGUUCGUUUGCUAUUUCUCUCAACCACAGCCUUGUUUUCUGGAUGACGAGCAUCUUAAGAAGUUGAAGUCAUUAGGGGUUUCCAUGAAUAAGCUCGAAGCUGCUUGGGAUGAGGAUAUUAAGAACCCGAAGCCAAGGACUGUUCAAGACAUUAUGUCAAAGUUCUCUUUGGAUGAUGCUGUUAUUGCUAUUGGUGAUGUAUUUUUUGCCAAUGUGGAAAAGAAAUGGGUAAUGCAACCUGGUGGCCCCAUUUCGCACAAAUGCAAGACACUCGUUGAACCAAGUCGUCUUAUAUUGCUCACUGCCCAACGUUUCAUCCAAACUUUCUUGGGAAAGAACUUUAUUGCUCUUCAUUUCCGCAGACAUGGUUUCUUAAAGUUCUGCAAUGCCAAAAAACCUAGUUGCUUCUACCCUGUUCCUCAAGCUGCAGAUUGUAUUAAUCGUGUGGUUGAAAGGGCCACUGCCCCAGUAAUUUAUCUUUCCACAGAUGCUGCAGAAAGUGAAACUGGUAUACUUCAAUCACUAGUUGUUGUCAAUGGCAAAACUGUGCCACUUGUUAGAAGGCCUGCUCAGAAUUCAGCUGAGAAAUGGGAUGCUUUAUUGUACAGACAUGGCCUCGAAGGAGAUCGGCAGGUGGAAGCAAUGCUGGACAAGACCAUUUGUGCUAUAUCUGAAGUCUUUAUUGGAUCAAUGGGCUCUACUUUCACGGAAGAUAUCUUACGUCUUAGGAAGGCCUGGGGAACAUCAUCACUUUGUGAUGAGUAUUUAUGCCGGGGUGAAGUUCCCAAUUUCAUUGCAGACGAUGAAUGAACCCCGAUUAGUUGUUGAGAUUUUCUUGUCAUCAGGUUUCACAUUCUGCUACUGAAGCUGGAAGAUUUAGGAGGUCUUCUUAACAAGUUAUCAUGCCUGAGUUAAUUACCCCAAAAGGCAUAUUGCCCUUGAUUCUUUUGAUAUGUGAUCUAGUGUAUUUACAUUAGUCUAGCCAUGCUGCUUUAUUAGUUGAGAUGGAUUGGUUUAGUUUGAUCUUAUGCAUUUAUAGUUUACCAGUGUACAAAAUCCAGAUACUUAACAUUACCUCACAUGUUCAAUCCUUUAAAAUAUUUAACCAAGUGGUUAAUUUUUCCUUUUUGUGAAAAAUUGGCUACAAAUCCAGGUCUUCUUUUGGUGAUUUGAAA